AUGGAGUAUUCUGAACCCUACUUGGUGAAUGUUUUUACUAAGGCGAAGGAAAUCAACUCUCGCACCAGCAACUUGUCCUUUGAGUCAGGAUGCAAAGUUGCCAACUGGACCUACGGAUUCGUUACCGUCACUGCCCUACCUGUGUGCUUACUGGGCCUCAUGAGUUUGACCAUCACAGUAUAUUUUUUACAGGGCCUUCGAAGAGCAUCGGCCAGACAGAACCUCUUGCUGAUAUUCGAGAUCAGCGUUUCAUUGUGUCUGGUCGUUGAAAUGGCCAUUUUCGAGUUGGGGAUUUCUGUGACUUUAGGCUGGUUAGAUUGGAAUGUGGUGCCUGAGAAGAUGAAAUUCCUGACAUCAGAACACAUUUCGCUGUUUAUUGAGCACUUUUUGCUGGCACUGCGGAAUAACUUGAUGGUGCUAUACAGCAUAAAUCGAGUCUUGGCUAUACAAUCAGAGGGCUUUGAAGCCUUAAAUAAAAGCUAUAUUCUGGCCUCAUUUGGAAUCGCCCUGACGAUAGCAUUUUCUCUUUCCUCGCACUAUAUUUCUGACCUCGGCCAUAACGAACUUCAUGAGCUUGAACUUUCUUCCGUCUCCUUCAUCAUGCCGAAUCCGAGGGUGCCAACUUUCAUCUACCUGAUUCACGUACUCCUGAUCGAGUCGGGUGCCCUGCACGGACUGGUGCUGCUCUUUAACAUUCGUCUGAUACGGCGUCGUCAGCUUCAGAUUAAGAACACUGUCAAGUACUUGCUCUAUCAGACACGAGUCGACGGCUUCUUUUCAUUCACUCUGUACAAAGUGAUAGCAAUCAUGGAGCAGACGCUACAGGAUACACGAAUUGUCGUCCUUCGAACCCUUCUCUACGCUGUCGUCUGUUUGAUGCGGGCCAGCAUUGCUACCAUAACCUUUUUUAUCCUCACAUACAAGUACCAGCCCGGACUGGAUGCCUCCCAUUGGCUCUGUGUGAUCAUCCUCCUCUCCAGUCUGGAUCAACUGGUCCGCUUGUUGGACAUCCUCAUUGUGGCUGUACCGACUCUUGGGCUCCACUGCCUGGUUUAUCGACAACUCUUCUUGCUGGUACGCAACGCCUGGGUUCCCUUCCUGCCCUGCUUAACUACGCUGGUCGGCAGAUUGAAACGGGCCAGAGAGAGGAUGCUUUAUCAAAUUCGGCAGUUCGAGAGCAGUCUGUUGAUGGAACAGAACAUUCGGAUGGAUGAACUGCCGGAUAGUGUGAUAGUGCAGGCUUCGAAGCUGCGCCAAUUGGCGGAAGAGUUUUCAAUGGACUAA